AUGUCAGUGGCUGCUUACUGUAUAUUUUGCUAUAGACAAAUAGGAACUUCUGCUCCAGCCACAAAAACACACCUACCCUGGCAUGGUAUCAGAAAAAUUGCAAAGGUAACUGGAUCACUGAUACUCGGAGGGUUUGUAUUCAUUACAUAUGAAGUCCUGUCCUUAAAGAAGUUACUGCAAAUCGAUACUCAAGCUCUACAUCAAGAAAAACUUAAAUCCUAUGUGUACGUACGUACAGCUUCUCUAAAUCAAAGUGAAUAUCGAGGAAUCACAUACCAAGCCAGAAAAGAAAUCCAUAAAGCAGUGAGGAAAAUUCUAGAAACAGAAGCUAAAUUUUUCCGGAGACCUUUUAAAGAACAAUUUGGUACAUUUGAUGGAGAAGAUCAUGAGUGUGCCUUAUGGCUUCUCUUAAAGAGAAGUCAGUCAGAAGACAAAGAGGUCCGACUACAGGCUGUACAAGACCUGGCAAACAACAGUCACUGGCAUGAUUAUCAGUAUGGUACAGUUGCCCAAACCUGUGAUCAGAGGACUGCUAUAGGGUUGGCUCGAUCCAAAGAUAUCGACCUCCGCUUUUUCCUGCCUCCACCACCAUUGCCAAAAACAAAGAAUGAUUAUACCAUAGAAGACGAACUUCGCCUGUUGUUAGUGUCUUUACCUCAGACCGAUCUUGAUCCAUGUGUCCAGCACUUCACAUCUCUUGCUUUACGUGAAAGUAGCCAGAUUCUUGCUGCACAAAGGGGAGGUUUAUGGUGUUUUGGAGGCAAUGGACUUCCAUAUUGUGAGACACUGAGUAAGAUCCCUUCAGAGACAGUGGAACUCUUUUGCUUGCAAGCUUUAGUACAGCAUUCUAAGGUUUCUUCUCACUGUGAUAAAAUUGAAGCUAAAGGAGGCCUUCAGUUACUACAAAGAAUAUACCAGCUACGUAAAGAUUCAGCAAAAAUACAAAGGAACAUAAUUCACAUUAUUGGAAAUAUGGCUUUGGAUGAACGUCUUCAUGCAUCAAUAGUACGUGCAGGUUGGAUUUCUGUACUUGCUGAAGUAAUGAAAUCCCCACAUGUCAUUCAGUCUUCUCAUGCAUCCAGAGCUUUGGCGAAUCUAGACAGGGACACGGUCAAAGAAAAAUACCCAGAUGGUGUUUAUGUCUUGCAUCCACAAUACCGCAGCAGUCAGCCCAUCAGAGCAGACGUCCUUUUUGUUCAUGGUCUUUUGGGAGCAGCAUUUAAAACCUGGCGACAGCAAGACAUUGACCGGCGUUUGGAUAAGAAGGCUUCAGAAGGACAAGAGGAGUACAGUCAGUGCUGGCCAAAGACAUGGCUGGCUUCAGACUGUCCUGCCCUUAGAGUCAUUUCUGUGGAAUAUGACACCAAUUUGAGUGACUGGAAAGCAAAAUGUCCUGUUGAGGCUCACAGGUAA